UUUUGUAAUAGAAAAAACUUGUAAAAGGACUCAAAACAUUUAAAAGGAAAAAAGUUGGAGACACGCAAAAUCCAGCUCCAAUUGGUAAUAUACUGGUUCAGUCAUUUAUGGUAUAGUGAUUUCCAGUUUUUUUUUUUUUUUUUUCUACUUUAAGAGAGCAUAGAGAGAAGCAUUCUGGAUCAAAUAGUUCUGUCCAUUUAGAACUUGCGAAGUGUGUGUGUGGAAUUUUCAAUUUCAAGGGUAAAGAUGCCUCGUGGAACGCUUGAAGUUGUUCUGAUCAGCGCCAAAGGCCUCGAGGACAAUGAUUUUCUCUCCAGCAUAGAUCCUUAUGUGAUUCUCACAUACAGGGCACAGGAGCACAAGAGCACUGUGCAAGAAGGUGCUGGAUCCAACCCACAAUGGAAUGAGAGUUUUCUUUUCACUGUCUCUGACAGUGCCUCUGAACUUAAUCUAAAGAUAAUGGAUAAAGACAAGUUUUCUGAAGAUGAUUCUCUUGGCGAGGCAAUCAUUCAUUUAGAUCCAGUGUUUGAAGAAGGUAGCCUUCCAGAAACUGUUUACAAGGUUGUGAAGGACCAAGAAUACUGUGGAGAGAUUAAGGUGGCUUUAACUUUUACUGCUGAGAGAAAUGAGGAGCGUUACACCGACCAGGAUGAGAGCUAUGGUGGAUGGAAAGAAUCGAGUGAUGAAUUUUAAAGUGAAAGGAGGAAGAAUUUACAUGCUUCUCUUAUAUAUAAUUACUUUUAGAAUGAAAAAUAAGCAGUUUUGGGUGACUUUUUUUUUCUUUGGAAUUUUAAUUAUUGUGUUUUCUGGUGUGAAGAUGCAUUAAGCAAUAGUGGUGUGCUGAUACUUGUUAGGUUACUUUCCUCCUUUGAAUAUAUAUAAAACUACAUUAUGCUUGACAUAUUAUCUUCUUUAUGCACUUAACAAUUUCAUUUA